GUCGGUAAAUUAUGAUACGGUAGGAUACUUGCACGAUACCUCCAUGAUAAGUGGAUGGCGUGGGUGACGUUUUGCCAAGAUUUGGGUGGGUAGGGGUAGAGGCUGGACUAGGCCAGUUCGAGUAUGAUACGGCUUCGGACUUGAGUUACCCGGAGGUUGUUGGGUGGGCAGACAAAUCAUACCCUUGGUUUAGACUGUUGGGAGCAAAAAACAUUAUUAUGGCACUCUGCAAGUGCAGCAUCACCACCUUUCCCCCAUGAUACGUGCAAGGAAAGGAGGAGAGCGAGGACGACAGCAAAAACAGCGACGGCAACAGCGACAACACAAUGGGCUCUAGCGCGAAACGCAAGAGGGAGAAACAAAGAGACUUUCAAAAGCCGAAGCUAAAGGUCGGCAAAGCAAGGGCUAAAGCAGACAACUUUACCAAUACGUCCUUCAGAUCGAAGGGUAGCGUGCUCCCUUCCCACUGCUUCCCAAUUCAUUGACUCCUCUUACCAUACACCCCCCCCUCCAGGAUACAAAGCUAACACGAGCCAGCAAUCACCCUCCCAACCCAAUCCCUGCACACCACCGCUCCCUCGACAGCAUCCUCCUUCACCCAUCACCUCUCCCUCCUAACCCACCACAGCGCAACAACCCGGAGGGAAUCCCUCUCGUACCUAAAAACUCACCUGCCCGCUGCUCUCUCCGUUACCGCCUCCACAACCCCCAAUGCAAUCUCCAACCUCCCGACCAUCUCCUCGCUAAUCUCCUCCCUCCUCCCACUAAUCCUUGACCCCUCCGCCUCUGUCCGCACCCAGCUUCUCACACUCCUGGUCCACCUCCCGCACACGCAUCUAGUCCUCCACACACGGAAGAUCCUGCUCUUCGUGAACUCCGCAAUGACGCACAUAUCCUCCGACAUCCGCAUGGACUCUACAAAGUUCCUGGACUGGCUGCUGGGGGCUAGCGGCGAGGAACUGUUCUCGGCCGGGGGGUGGGGCGUGUGUCUUCGCGGGCUAUGCGGGUGUCUAGGGUUUGGUGGUACUGCAGGCGAGGGCAGCAGUGUUAUUGUGCCGAAGGUUCAGGAUGGGAAGGCUGCCCUACCGCAUUUGGCUGUCUUGACCAAGGUUUUGGAGGCGGGGAUGGUUGACCGGCAGGAUGUUGAGGGGGAGGUUGGGGCAGGGGAUAGGAGGAGGAGGCCGGAUGGGUUGCAUGCCUCUUAUGAAGUGCAUAAGUUGCCGAGUCGUUCAAACGUGUAUGCUUCUUUGGGUCUGUUUGGCACGCUGGGUGGGGUUUAUAGGGGGGGGGUGUUGCAGGAGGCUGAUCCCGAGGACAGGGACUCGAGGAUCAGGUACCUUAUUGGCGGGCCCGGUAGGGGGAUGUUUGAUUCACUGGUUCUAGGCUUGGAGAGGCUGAAGAAGGGUGGUGGUGAGAUGGGGAGAGCUGCUGGGAAGGCGCUGGUUGUUUUGGAGGCCGCUGAUAGAGAGGGAGGGAGUUGUUGAAUGAUAUCUGUCCUUAUGAUGUACAAUAAUAGUGUAAGUUGGACGUGGACACUUGAUUCAGCUGCGGUGAUUUAUGACUUAUCUUUCACGGAAUAGGAUAAUAUAUUCUCAUCCCCGCUCAGUCGCGAAACCCCAGAACCCACACCAUAUGUUCCACUCGGUUCUAGGACCAUCAAAUCUUCUUUUCAAACUCUUUUCUGUUCUCUUCCUACACUACAUGCCGCAAUCGACUUCACAAAUUCAAGCACGAGAACCGCCCGAAAAUAGGGGAAAGAGAAAAGGAAAAACAAAAAGCCCCACCACCGAUAAUGUAUGAUACAUCGAUCUUCACCAAGUACGCUACCGGUAUUCAACUUCCAAAGCGGCGAAAAAAAGGGGAAAAAAGAAAAAAAGAGAAGAAAGAUAA